AUGUAUCUUGUAAAGCUACUUCUGACCUCGCUCCUUCAAUGUACUUUUGCUUUCUGGAGACUUCCUUGCUACAGCCGCCUCGGCGUAUACAGGAUAGAUCCCAUUGUUUCCCCCGGCAAGCCAUCAGAGCAUGCUCAUGUCCUUCAUGGUGCUAACGGCUUACACUUCAAUGCCUCGUACAGCGAUCUUAUCAAAUCAAAUUGCACGACCUGUGCAGUGAGGCAAGAUAUGUCUGUGUACUGGACCCCACCCUUGAUGUUUGAAUAUCCGAAUAAGACGACUGAGAUUGUUCCCCAAACCAAUGGAAUGACCAUCUAUUACUUCCUUUUUGGACAAAAGAUCCGAGAAUUUCCUGAUGGGUUUCGCAUGGUAGCGGGAGACUCAAAGAGACGGACAUCUACAAUUCCAGUCACUGACCCACCGCGGUCGCUCUGGGGGUUCAAUGAGAAACAGCAAGAUGAAUUAGAGCAGAGAGCCUUAGGGUUCAAUUGCCUAAACUAUGGUGGAGCUCAAGAAGGUGCACUUGAGCGCCACACAUUGCCCGACAAGGCCUUUAUCGACGAGUGCCCAGAUGGACUUCGUCUUGAGUUAAUGUUUCCAUCUUGUUGGGACGGUAGAGUUGACUCUUUUAAUCAUAAAGAGCAUCUCAAGUAUCCCGAUCUACUCAUGGAAGGCGAAUGCCCCGAUGGGUUUAUGCUACGAGUUCCAUCGCUAUAUUAUGAAACAAUCUGGGACACCGCAAGGUUUAGAACUUCAAAGGGAAGGUUCUUGCUGAGCAAUGGUGACGAGACAGGUACUAGUUAUCAUGGAGAUUUUCUCAACGGUUGGAAAGGUCAUACCUUGCGCGAUGCCAUACACAGCUGCACAAGUCGGUCCGGAAGAAUAGAAGAGUGUUCAAUUUUUCACUUGCAGGCUGAAUCUAUUGCAGAUAAGUGCGAUCUUGGUGUUCCUGCUGAACUUCAGCAAGAGAAUUGUCUGGGACCUCAAAUCGGUCUUUGUGGACAGAUCGAAUUGUCUACUUGA